AUGGCAGAUAUGGGCAACGACCGAGCAGGGCGAUUCGAUGGCGAGCAACAGGAGUGCGGCCUGCACUUGGAUAUGCGUAACAUGAAGCUAGAGAAAAUUGAGCUGGAGGACUCGCUGGCUUUCUCAAAGCGCAACCAGGAGAUUGUAGCACUCACAAAGCGUACCAAAGGGAUUGCUAUAUUCACUAAGCCAAUGUGUAAGUUCUACCUGGCUGCCAAGGAGGUCUUACGCGAGCGUGGGUGGACGUUCAAUGAGGUGAGUGUACGCGCCGACGUGUCCGUUAAGUCGUUACAGCAGAUUGUCGGCAAUUCCGUCCAAACUGUGCCUCAGAUCUUUUGGACGACACAUAUGUCGGUGGAUACACGGAGCUUGUUACGCACCUUGGCAUUCCAAUUCGUAGCGUACAGAUGCGACACCUGGAUGAACAGACGAAACAAGUGUCAUCAACGUAACUACGUAGCUAGAAGUGGCGAUCACAGGACUCGCCACUAUCUAAGCUGCGUAGACAAAGACAAUAGGGGUGGCAUUACCUUGUCUCCGUGUCAAGACUUAUCAGCCUUCGCCGGCGAACAAGCUGCUCUUGUAGCACUUUCGGUCCCCGAUGCAGUUUGUCUGCUUAAAGUCUCCGUGAACGCACAGCUGAGAUGGCUGAGCAAUCGGACAGACACAGCAAGUUCCGUUGCGCCGGAUCAUACGCACGCGUAG